AUGGCAGCCCUGCGGCCCACCCUGUGCCUCCUGCUCCUGCUGGGCAUGUGGGCCAUCCCUGACCACGGAAGAGCCACCCGGACCCAGACAGUGCUGGACGUGAGGCUCACUGGUGGCAGCUGCAACUGUACUGGGAUAGUGGAAGUGAGAUUGGAUAAGCAGUGGAUCCGCAUGUGCUGGGGCACCCUGAACAAGGCUGUGCUGGAACACAUCUGCCAGCGGGUGAGCUGUGGUCCCCCCAUCUCUGAGGCCCUCCAGCUUGUCAUUCCCAGUGGGAAGGAGCCACACAUGCUGUCCAAGAGGUGCAGGAAGCCAAUGGGUGAGCUGGAAUGCAACCAGGAGCUGGAAAACUGCACACAGCACGCCAUGGUUGCCUGCAGAGGUCCGCCCAGGCUGCGGCUGGUGGAUGGGAGUUUCAUCUGCUCUGGCUUUGUGGAGCUGCACAAGGAAGGGCUGUGGGGAGCUGUGGCCAAUGAAUCACACAUCUGGCCACGUCUGGCCACCCGCAUCUGCCAGGCUCUGAGCUGUGGCACUGCCAUUCACAACCACAGCUUGCCACAGCUGGGAGUCCACUUGCCAGUGCGGUGGGAGGUGGUGGAUCCCUGUGAGAGCAAUUCCCUCCUAGAAUGCUUCAACAGGAGCAGCGUCCGGAGGGGGAGAGCACCUGCAUUCAUCACCUGCUCAGGUUCCCAGCCGCGAGCCCUGCACAGGUUGGCCGCGGGCCCCACGCUGUGCGAGGGGGACAUCGAGGUGUUCCACGGGGGCCGGUGGCAGGUGCUGUGUGACAGCAGAACCGAGCCCUGCACAG